CCAAAAGCUCAUGAAUAACGAAACAGCGCUCCCCGAAGCGACUGACAGGUCUGUGUUGUGUUGUUUUGUUUCUGAAGCUUGAAAUUGUCAAACAGGUUUCCAAGCAACAUCGAGUCUGAAACAAAAGGGAUCACCGUCAGUAUAUAUUUGCUUACCUUUUCCCACGGAAUAUUUCCAUUUGCGCUAUAGAAAUGGCCGAAAAAGCGACUGUCGAUGGGACACUGGAGCUUAAAUGUAGUCCUCAGAAAUCGUUCCCUUUUGUUUUAAAGAAGAUUAUGGACAUCCCACCUCCUAAUAUUCUCGACGAAGGCGACGACGAAAUAGAGAAGGAGAAAUUGUGUUCGACUGAAAAUGUGGAGACCGGAUCAGGCGGAGGGGACAGCGGAGCCGGGGGUACAGGCGGCAGUGGGGGCGGCGUGUCAGCGUCCCUGACCCCAGCCAUAUGGGAGAAGACCAUCCCCUAUGACGGGGAGAAGUUCCACCUGGAGUACAUGGACCUGGAUGAGUUCCUGCUGGAGAACGGGAUCUCCAGCACCCUGGAGGAGGAACUUCAGAAGAGCCUGACCCAGGAAGAGGACAAGGAGAGCAAGGCCCCUUCUACCUCGGCCUCCGCCACCAUCUCCUCAGCCUUGGAGAUUGUCACCAUCACCCUGAAGACAGCCAAGAUGGAACAGGAGGAGGAAGAGGAGGAGGAGGAGGAGGAGGGAGGGGAAGAUGAGGAUGAUGAUGAUCAGGAUUCCGUGUCUGUGGCUGAUGCAGCCGAAGUCGAGUUGGCCGAUUGUGGAGAUGGCAAAGCGGUGGAUCGCAACCCGUCCUCUCCCAUCGACCCAGAGGCCAUUGAGGUUGAUGUGAACUUCCAGCCUGAUCCCACCGACCUGGUGCUGUCCAGUGUUCCUGGAGGAGAGCUGUUCAACCCCAGGAAGCACAAGUUCUCAGAUGAGGAGCUGAAGCCACAGCCCAUGAUCAAGAAGGCCAAGAAGGUGUUCGUGCCCAAUGAGCAGAAGGAUGAUAAAUACUGGUCCAGGAGAAAGAAGAACAACAUGGCGGCCAAGCGUUCUCGCGAUGCCCGACGUCUGAAGGAGAACCAGAUCACGGUCCGCGCCUCCUUCCUGGAACGGGAGAACGCGGCGUUGCGGCAGCAGGUGGCCGAGCUGCGGAAAGAUUGCGGCCGCUGCAAGAACACCAUGGCCCGAUACGAAGACAAGUACGGGCCACUAACUCGUGCAGAGGCUCUGAAGAGGGACAUGUGAACCAACUGUUGAUUUAUUCAUAAUGGGUCAUGAGUGGAGCGGAACCAGUGAAUAAAAUAUCCAAUGGAAUGGAGAGAACCAGAUUACACCUUCAGGAUUGUAACCAUGCAGAGGAGGCAGGAGAGACUGAGAUGAUGAGGGAUUUUGCUAGACAGUCACAGUUCUUCCUCUUUUGUAAGCCUUUGCUUAUACUGCACACCCAGUGGUGUGCUCAAAGAAUUUCUCUGUACAUACUCUUCUCCCCGCACCACGUAGACGUGUGUGUUUGUGCGUUACCCCUGUUUUGCUCCCAACCUUCCCCCCCAGAAACACUGUGUGUGAUGGAUUAGCUAUGGGUGUGGGUGGCCACCAUUAAUGUACAGUUGGAAGGUAUAGUAACUUGAAGAAGAAAAAAAAAGAAGCAUGAUCCACAAUUUUAAGUCAUUGUGUAUCUUUGUUUUAUAACACCCAAAUCUUCUCCCAAUAUCUCACACAUUUCAGUUGUUUGGGAUAUUUCCAAAUGACCAUUUUGAAAGGAGCAGGGUAAAUAAUGGUCUGCCAGUAUGUUAUUGCUCAUAGACGAAGGCUUACGUUAGGCAUUUAUCAGGGCCCUCAUUAGUUGAGGGGUAUGUACUGUGUAGGGUUGUUUAUUUAACUGCACACACUGCAAGUAGGGGGCACUAGAGAGCCAGUGCCCCAUAUUGUCAGUCACAGACUUUUUGUAAGACCCAAAGAUGCCUGCUGUUUAUGGUUCCUAUGGUUGUUUUUCUGAACUAAGACUAUAUCUUUGUCAAUUUUACCUGUCUUUUUACCCUAUUGACUUACUGCUUUUCCUUGUGUUUGUGGAAGAGCUAUUAUGAUCAGUGCUGUAUUUAUUUUGAUAAUAAUACAUCUAUUGAUUGUGAUGUGUGUCAGUAUGUAUUAGAUUAUAUUUCCUCUGUGGAACAAACCAUAAAUGAAACAAUACAUAAAAUGAUUUGGCAGGGAUUUCAAUUUUGUUUUUGAAACAAGAUUUUGCAUAUUUUUGAAGCAGAAUUGAAUUGGAAAUUUGCAUCUGUCUCCCAUUAGUAUGCUCCAGUCCAAUGAGAUUCCAUUUAGAACGUGGAGAUCCAGGAGGGGUUUAGUCCUGUGAGGUGGAGGCAGGUAUGGAGCAGUCAGUUUGGCAAAGCUGAAUCAGAUCAAAAUAACCACGUGAAGCUCAGCUUGCCAUGGUGCCUGUGCCUGAUUUUAUUGUUGCAGACAGUAUAUGACAGACUGUUAAGCUGUGGGACUCUAAUGUCUUCAGCUGAUGUGAAACCUGUUAGUUUGUGUUUAUUUUGUACUCAUUGUAAACAAACAAGCAAAAUACAUAUGGCAAUAAUAUUCUCUUUGACGCAAUGCUUGAUCUUCCAAAUGAUUUCAAUAAUUUUUAUGUAGUAUGCUACAUUUUGAAAUGGUCAUUGUGCUUCCAGUUUAGAUACCCAGUUUUGGUAUUUGCUGCAUGAAUUUAAGCAGGCAAAAUUGGGUCAUUUUAUUAUGAAAUUCUGUACAUAGUUGUGCUUCAGUAUCUUCAAAUUCAAAAUGGAUGAUAUUGUAAACCCAAUCUUAUUGGCUUAGAAACUGGUGGUUUGUUUGGCCAAAGGGCAUGAAGUUAAACUAACCCCAAAAGCGCAAAAAAAUCUAUCAUGAUCUCCAUAUUUUUCAAAUGAAAUGCUGUUUUUCUUGUUACAUGUCUUUCGGUAAUAAUGGAUCGACCUUCCAUCCUACAGUGUGAUGAGACAGCAGAACUCCAUUCUCCGACUCUUUAUACUUCCUGUUUUUACUGUUUCUUUACUGUUUAACAGAACCACCUACGCUGUGCAGCUUUUGACCUUGGUUGAAAUCUUUAUAUGUAGCAAUCACCAUUUUUCAUAUCAAUCACCAAACUGCUAUAAAACUCCUCUCACCAUCGAAAUGACUUUAAGAUAACAAGUGCAUUUUUAUUGUUGUUUUUAUUUUAUCUGGUAAGGUAAUUUUGUCUAUUUUAUAUACAGAUACAUUUAUUGUGAUUUCUAUUCUCUACCCAUGUUUAAGAUGCGUGUAAUUUCAGUCGGUCCAACUGUACAAUCUUGUAUCACACAUAUUAAAGUGGAAUUUGAUGAAACGCGA